AGAGAUGUGAUUCAAAGAUAUUCCACUGUAGCCAACAACUCAGCUGGAGAGAAGCUGCCGGUAGAGCUGUAGGUGGGAGGUUGAGACCAAAUUUAUCCUGUUCAUCGCAGAUGGACAGUCACGGAAGAAAAGUAAUAGUUUGCGAUAAUGGAACUGGGUUCGUUAAGUGUGGAUAUGCUGGAUCUAAUUUUCCUGCCCACAUCUUUCCUUCUAUGGUGGGACGACCUAUCAUUCGAGCAGUCAACAAAAUCGGAGAUAUUGAAGUCAAGGACUUGAUGGUAGGAGAUGAAGCCAGUAAACUCCGAAAUUGGGAAGACAUGUGCCAUGUUUGGGACUACACAUUUGGUCCUGAAAAAAUGAAUAUUAAUCCAAAAGAAUGCAAGAUCCUUCUUACAGAACCACCAAUGAAUCCUACAAAGAACAGAGAGAAGAUGAUAGAGGUGAUGUUCGAAAAAUACCAGUUUGCUGGAGCGUACAUCGCCAUACAGGCAGUGCUGACACUUUACGCACAAGGUUUGCUCAGUGGAGUAGUGGUAGAUUCAGGGGAUGGGGUGACGCACAUUUGCCCUGUUUAUGAGGAGUGUGCCCUGCCUCAUCUUACAAGGAGGUUGGAUAUUGCAGGGAGAGAUAUCACCCGAUAUCUCAUUAAGUUGCUGCUCCUCCGAGGUUAUGCAUUUAAUCAUUCAGCAGACUUUGAGACUGUUCGCAUUAUGAAAGAAAAAUUAUGUUAUAUUGGCUACAAUAUUGAGACUGAGCAGAAGUUAGCACUUGAGACUACAGUCCUGGUUGAACCUUAUACUCUGCCCGACGGUAGGGUUAUCAAGGUUGGUGGUGAGAGAUUUGAAGCCCCAGAAGCCCUCUUCCAGCCACAUCUGAUCAACGUAGAAGGGCAAGGCAUUGCAGAAAUGGUUUUCAACACUAUUCAAGCUGCUGAUAUAGAUAUGCGCACAGAAUUGUACAAACACAUAGUAUUGUCAGGAGGAUCAACAAUGUAUCCAGGCCUGCCUUCUCGUUUGGAGCGGGAAAUUAAGCAACUGUACCUGGAACGUGUGUUGAAAAAUGACAUUGAUAAAUUAUCUAAAUUCAAGAUUCGCAUUGAAGAUCCUCCUCGGCGAAAGGAUAUGGUAUUCAUUGGUGGUGCUGUCCUUGCAGAGGUCAUGAAGGAUAGAGACUCCUUCUGGAUGAGCGCCGAGGAAUAUCAGGAAAAAGGUGUAGGGGUUUUGGGAAAACUAGGUGCUCAGGCGAGUUAGAAAGUGCUAAGACAAGACUUGUCAAUGAUGCCAAAAUAAAACAAGACAAGGUGGUGUUUCAUGUGCAGAGAACACUGCAGGUCAUUCCACUAAUCUUCUGCAUGAGCAGUUUGCAGAGCUGUGCUUAACAAUGUUAAAUGUUAUAGUAAAUGACCAUCCAGUGAGGUAUUGGCAAGUGAUACAAGAACGUUAUCAAAUUUUGACAGCAGUUGAUAUGUAUCGCUUUAACUCGUUUCACAAAUAGGUUUUGUCUUAAAAUGUUAACAUGGCAUGGGAAAAAUCACAGAUUGUAUCUGGACUUUUCUCUGUCAAACCUGAACACUUGUUAAAUAAACGGUUCACUUGCCACCAAAUCUUGUUUUUCAUCCUUUUUAACCUUUAUGUAAUAUUUUGUUGAGCUUGAAGUUGUGACUGGCCUCACGUUUUUGUUUGGUACCACCAUUUCAAAUGCAUUCAUCUAAUUUUGAUUUGGUGGCCUCUGAACAAGAUUUUUUCUUUUGUGAACAUUUCUCCUAACAAUUUUGUUAAUCUUUUAAAAGAAACUUCAGCAGAUGCAAAUUUAUAAUAUUGAGGACUUAUUAGAAUAUAGUGCAUGUAAAUGAUCAUUCCAAAUGAACAAACAUUGCUAGUAUUUUAUCUUUUCAUUGUCACCCAUAGAAGAGAUCUAUGGGUAAUUGUUAUAUAUCAGCAGCAGGAUAAUUGUCUAUCUUGUGUUGCUCCCGCUUGCAAUAUUUAUUGCAUUCUGUUACAAAGCAAUAUGGCAAUCAGAAGUGUAUUUAUACUACUGUGCAAUAAAUAAUGCCAUUUUCUUUAUUGAUUCA